AUUCAUACGCAUUUCUCUUUUCUACUCCCACCUCUCUCAAAUACAUUAUUUUUGCUUGAUUCAUUUCCUUUUCAGCUUUCUCUCUCCUCAAAACCGAAGGCUACAUCAAAAAAAAAAAAGAUAAAAGAAAAAUAAGCUUCAACCUUUCACUUCAAUGGCGGAUUUUACAGCUACCCAUUUCCUCCAACAAUGAAGAUCACUCCAAACACCGACCUUUCUUCUUUACUUUCCUCCAAAAAAAACCCACCUCCACAACUCCAUAAAAACCCAGAUCUUCCCAAAAAACCCCGGAAACCUACCCGGAAUAGCCCUCGGGUUUCCAAAAAGUCCGGCCCGCCUACCCCACUACUCCGGUGGAAGUUUCAUGAGGAGAGAGAAAACCCCAAAAAUGGAAGAUUUGUGAAGCGGAAAGAGCAUGGAAAUGCCCCAGAUGAGAAGUCGCCGGAAUGUCGUCGGAAAAAGAGGAGAGAGAAAGUGGGUUCCAUUGUUUCUGCAAGGAAGCUUGGUGCUACUCUUUGGAGGAUGCAGUUGGUGGGUCCAGAAAAUAAUGGAGGGGAUGAAAAGAUGAAGAAGAAUAAGAAGAAAAUAAAAGAAAAUGAAGAAGAGGAAGAAAAUAAAUUAGGGUUUAAGGUUUGUUUUAACUCAUUGUUUGAGAUUCAAGAUCUUAACUUUAAGCCUGCAAUUGGGCAUGGUGGUGAUCGCUUGUCCUGUCAACAUGCUAGCCGAGAGCGUGGCUCUGAGGCAAAAGAUCCGCUUAGGAGCCCAUGUUCGGUCAAUGGUCCGAUCAAUGGAUAUCUUUGUGAGUGGCAAUCCCCUUUUCGCUUUGCUAAUUAUGCAAUGGAAGGGGCGACAAAGUGGGACCCGGUUUGUUCAAAAGCAUCAAAUGAACAUCCUGAUGAUUUGAAGUCGCUUGACGGAAAAGUAAAUUCUACCUCAAUGAUCUCAGCGCUUGAGAAGGAACUAGAAAAAGCUCGAAUGCGUAUAGAGGAGCUGGAAACAGAAAGACGAUCCUCAAAGAAGAAGAUUGAGCAUUUCUUGAAGAAGCUUAGCGAGGAAAGAGCGUCGUGGCGCAGCAGAGAACAUGAGAAAGUUCGUGCAAUCAUUGAUGACGUUAAAUCCGAUUUGAGUCGAGAAAGGAAGAAUCGUCAGAGACUCGAAAUUAUCAACUCUAAGUUGGUCAAUGAACUUGCGGAGGUUAAGUUAUCAGCAAAGAGAUAUAUGCAGGAUUACGAGAAAGAGAGGAAAGCUCGGGAGUUGAUAGAGGAGGUAUGUGAUGAGUUAGCGAAAGAAAUCGGGGAGGAUAAGGCUGAAGUUGACUCGCUUAAGAAGGAGUGUAUGAAGAUCCGGGAGGAAGUUGACGAAGAGAGGAAAAUGUUGCAGAUGGCCGAGGUUUGGCGAGAAGAACGUGUACAGAUGAAACUCGUUGAUGCGAAAGUCGCUCUUGGUCAAAAGUAUUCGCAAAUGAACUACCUUGUAUCGGAGCUUGAAAAGUUUCUUAGGUUGCAAGGUGUGAGCCUCGAUACGAACGAGAUGAGGGAAGCUGAGAUGUUUCGACGGGCUGCUGCAUCGAUAGACAUCCACAAUAUGAAAGAGUUUACGUAUGAGCCAUCUAACCCGGAUGAUAUUUUUGCGGUUGUUGAAGAAAUGGUGAUGGGGGAAAGCAACUGUCGAGAGAUUGAACCGUGUGUUGAGUACAGUCCGGCAAGCCAUGCUUCCAAAGUUCGUACGGUAAGCCCCGAGAUCAAGAACGAAACCAAGGACAUUAUUCUGAGACAUUCGAAUGGAUAUGGUAAUCAGAGUGCCGACAUGGAGGAUGACGGGAGUGGAUGGGAAACUGCGAGCCACUUGGAAGACCAAGGUUCUAGUUAUUCACCCGAGGGAAGUACAAUGUCGGCGAAUAGGGUGUGUCGAGAUAGUAAUGUCUCCGGUAGCUGCACCGAGUGGGAAGAACAGGUGGGUGAUGAGACACCCAUUACCGAGAUUAGUGAAGUCUGCUCCGUUCCCUCAAAGCAUCAAAAGAAGGUAAAGUCAAUAACACGAUUGUGGCGAUCAGGCACCAAUAACAGCGGUGAUAACUACAAAAUCAUCUCGGUAGAUGGUGUUAACGGAAGGCUUUCGAAUGGAAGGGUUUCAAACGGGGCUACAAUGUCUCCUGAUCGUGGGUCCAGCAAGGGUGGGAUUAGCCCUACAGACAUGGUUGGGUGGAGCUCACCGGAAACUAAUCGAGGGAUGAAGGGUUGUAUGGAAUGGCCUCGUGGGGCACAUAAAGGUAGUUUGAAGCACAAACUCCUCGAGGCGAGAAUGCAAUCUCAGAAGCUCCAACUACGCCAGGUUUUAAAGCAGAAAAUCUGAAUGUCGGAUGCAAGAAGGAACAAUGACUACCUGUCCUAUUCUUCUCCCCGAACCCAUGUAAACUACCAUUCUCCGGACAUCCCAUUGAACACGUAAGACAUAAGCAACCAUGGAUAAUAAUACGGUACAAGCAGUCAUCUAUUCGGAGGAGUGUUUAUCCGCCAAGUUCUGGAGCGAAACAUGCUCAGGCUAGGAAUUUUGUUUUAAAUGCUCUGGCAACACACAUUUAGAAGUUGAAAUAAUGAUGGCUUAAGUUAGGAUUAGUAAUGUUAUUCCUGUAUUCUUUGUAAUUAAUGGCGUUAAUGUCCCUUAAAUUUAAGGGAGUAACACUUUGUCUUGGUCAAAUUGUGUUAGCAGAGCAUAUUUCA